AUGAAUAAUACUACUAGGAGGACACCAAAGUUAAAUUUAUUGGACAAUAUAGAUACACUAAAACAUAGUGUUGAGCUAAAUAAGGCAGUAAUAGAAACUCAAUAUAUACAAAGGUACAAUCUUCAAAGUGGGUCUCAAGGAAACAAACAAAGAAAUGAUGGAGCUAAGAAUGAUCCUAUUACUUGUGACUUGAGAUUAAUGAGAAAAAGAAUAUCUAUAAAAGAUUUUAAUAUUCUACGUCCAAUAGGAGCAGGAGCUUUUGGGGUCAUUAGAUUAGCUCAAUGUAAAUAUACAUCAAAAGUAUAUGCACUUAAGCAAAUGAGAAAAAGUAUUAUUCGUACAAAAAAUCAGCUAGAAAGAAUAUAUAGUGAAAGAGCUUUAUUAGUACAAAAUGCAUCUGACUAUGUAGUGAGGUUAUUCUAUACAUUCCAAGAUGAUAAACAUCUUUAUCAAGUAAUGGAGUAUCUUCCUGGAGGUGAUUUAAUGUCAUAUCUAAUAAAAUUAGACAAAUUUAGUGAAGAAGAUACUAAAUUUUAUAUGGCUGAGUUAGUCCAUGCAGUCGAUUUAGUUCACCAACUGGGAUUUGUACAUAGAGAUGUCAAACCUGAUAAUAUAGUAUUAGAUUCUAAUGGUCAUCUAAAAUUAUUAGAUUUUGGGCUUUGUAAAUUUGCUCCAACAAUUGAAGAAGUGAACUCGAAUUCUAAGAGCUAUAGCCAUUUUCAUAACUUAAGAAGAAAUAGUGCACCUGAUAGCCUAAAACUAGAGGAUAUAAAGAAAGAAAGAAGAAGGGAAGAGACUGUAGCAGGAUCAUCAUGUAGCAAAGAAAAUAAGAAUUCCGAAAAUGUUGGGGAAAAUAAUUAUUCCAAUGCAACUAAUAAAUCAAAUGGAAAAUUGGAGCAUCCAGGUAGAAAAACAUUACAUUCAACUGUUGGAACUCCCCAAUAUAUGGCCCCUGAGAUAUUUUUAAGACAAGGAUAUUCUAACUUAGUAGAUUGGUGGAGUGUUGGUAUUUUAAUGUAUGAAUGCUUGUAUGGAGGUGUUCCAUUUAAUGAUGAUACACAUAAUCCUAUUAAAGUUGCAAUAAAGGUUAUGCAAUGGGAGAAACUCUUGCUAUUACCUCAUCCUUGCAGACAAAUAUCUCCAGAAGCUUUAGAUUUACUGAGAAAUCUACUUUGUCAUCAAUCAAAAAGAUUUAAUGGAGAGCAAAUAAAGAAGCAUCCUUUUUUUAAAGGUAUUGAUUGGAACCAGUUGAGGCAAUUACCAGCUCCAUUUAAAAAAAUUAUAUCAAUUGAAAACCAAAAUGUUCCAAAAAGUGAAGGUACUACUAAUAAAAGGCAAGAUAUAGUUAUAGAAGAGUCCCCUACAACCUCAAAAUUUGGUGUUCAAGGUUCUUCUUUAGUCGACUUAAAUUUUUUAGAUUACACAUAUAGAAAUACUGAUAGAAGAUAUACUUCUAUAUCUUUAAGCGAAACGAUUAAACUAGUUCGUGGGUGA